AUGGCAGCUUCCAAAAUCCAGUUUGGUGUCUCCCCUCCACUUUCUACGGCACAGCCAUCUGCCGGGGAACUUCGUCGUUUGGAAGAAUUGGAAGAAACUCUCAGAAAAUACAACUUGUAUGAAAGUCAAGAAUUGUCAUCACUAAGAGAGAAGGUACUUUCAGAACUUGAGCAGAUGACCAAAGCAUUUGUCUACACUGUCAGCAUUCGUAAAGGUUUAUCUCCAGAACUUGCCCAAAAAGCGGGUGGAAAAGUUCUCACCUUUGGAAGUUAUCGACUUGGCGUACAUGCUGCAGAUGCUGAUAUUGAUACCCUUUGUGUAUUUCCUCAACACGUGACUCGCGAUGAUUUUUUCAACGACAUGUAUUCCAUGCUGCAUGCUCGCUCCGAAGUCACUGAUCUCACGGCUGUGACCGAAUCCUUUGUGCCUGUGAUAAAAUUUAAAUUUUUUGGCAUCGCCAUCGACUUUUUGUGCGCGCGCAUGUAUCUAAGCGCUAUUCCCGACCAUCUUGAUGUCAGUGAUGUAUAUCUGUUGACGUACCUUGAUGAACGAUGUAUUCGUAGUUUGAACGGAACACGUGUGGCCGAUGAAAUUCUGUCGCUUGUACCCAAUGUGGUCACCUUUCGAACCGCCUUGCGAUGUAUCAAGUUAUGGGCAACAAGACGAGGCGUUUAUUCCAAUGCGCUGGGUUUCCUUGGUGGCGUCGCAUGGGCCUUGCUGGUAGCACGAAUAUGCCAGUUAUAUCCAAAUUCAUGUGCAAGUACCAUUGUUAGCAAAUUCUUUCGUGUUUUCCUGGAAUGGAACUGGAAACAACCUGUCGUCCUCAAAGAAAUCGAAACAUUGCCCUACCUCAACCUGUCUGUCAAACCGUGGAGUCUCAAGAAAAAUGCUCACCGUAUGCCCAUCAUCACACCAGCGUACCCAAGCAUGUGUGCCACCCACAAUGUGACGGACUCGACCCUGAAAAUAGUCCUUGGAGAGUUUAAAAAGGCGGACGGCAUCAUGAACCAGAUCAUGUUUGGCAAGCUACCGUGGAACGCUUUAUUUGACAGCGAGAUUUAUUUUUCAAAGUAUCAACAUUACAUACAGAUUGUGGCCGCCACAGACGAUGCUGAAUUCCAACUGCAAUGGCAAGGUCUUAUUGAAGCACGAUUAAGACGACUGAUGCAGUAUCUCGAAAAUAUCCGCGGUGUAGCGCUGGUUCAUCCGCUUGUGACCAGUUUUGAUUAUGAAGGAACUUGCAUUAAUGAACAGGAAAUCCUUGAUUUAGCUUCUGGGAAACUGACCGAUCAACCUGUCAGAAAAAGAGGCCGUCAUAUUUUCUGUCGUUCCUUUUACCUCGGUCUCUAUCUCAAAACCGGAUCAGUGAAAACAUCGGUGGAUGUGGGUUGGCCAGUGAAUACAUUUCAGCAAGAAUUACGAAACGAUCCAUUGUUUGACGAGCACCGGAUGGGAAUUUAUGUGCGGCACAUGGAAAGGUCAGUCUUGAAUUUGAAGAUGAGAAGCAGCUAG